GAUGUCGACUCGGUUUGACAUUCUGUUGCUCGCCUGUUGCCUGUAUUUUGGAGCUAGUGCAGCACCGCUUAAGGGGAUCGAGUAUGAGCCAAUUGAUCCAGAGCUAACUGGGGACUACUUCCAGGGUGACAUGGAUGUGGAACUCACGCGGAAUGGAGAACUAGCAGUCACUCGUCACUGGCCUAAUGCCACAGUCUACUACAAGAUAGAUGAGCAGUUCAGUGCUGCACAAAUACAACAUAUUGAGUUGGGAAUGCGGCGUCUUGAGCUUGUCUCUUGCAUACGUUUCCUGCCUGCUAGUGAAGAGACCGUGGACUAUGUGCUGGUCACUGUUUCCACAACUGGCUGCAGUUCCAAGGUUGGCUAUAUUGGCAGCGAGCAGACGGUCAAGCUAAAGCCCAGCGAUUUGGACACUGGUUGCUUUCGACUAGGCACCAUACAGCAUGAGCUGCUCCACACUUUGGGAUUCCAUCAUCAGCAAAGUUCUGCGGAUCGAGACGAUUACGUGAAAAUUGUGGAAGAGAACAUUACUGAGGGAAAAGAACAUAAUUUUAAGAAGUAUGAAGCGGAUCGGGUGGAAAACUUCGAUGCACCCUACGAUUAUGGUAGCAUUCUACACUACAGCUCCAAGGCCUUCUCGAAGAAUGGGGAAGAAACAAUUAUCGCUCUAGACCCAGAUGGUCAGUCCCAAAUGGGGCAAAGGCUCGCUCUGAGCUUCGCUGACGUGAGUCGCCUUAAUACCAUGUAUAAAUGUCCAAUGCAGGUGUAAAUAAAAAAACGAACAUUAUUAAUAAUUCAGAAAUCGGAA